UUUCAGUUAAAGUUUUGAAAACCCUAGAAUGUCAUAAAGGGCAAAGCUUCUUCAAUCUCCCCAAUCCCUCUCGGCGGCCGAACCCUGUAACCUUACGCCGCCACCGUUUUCUUCCCUUUCUUUAUUGGUAUUUUUCCGUUUCCCGGACCAAAUUCGAGAUCGGAUUAUGGCGUCGAGCAACAACCAGACGGUGCUGCAGUUUGUUUCUUCGUCGUCGACUGCAGCGAGCUUGUCGGCGAAGGUCCAUCCUCUAGUGAUCUUCAACAUCUGCGACUGCUACGUCCGCCGUCCUGACCAGGCGGAGCGCGUUGUCGGCACUCUUCUGGGCUCCGUCCUUCCAGACGGCACCGUCGACAUUCGCAACUCUUACGCUGUUCCGCACAACGAAUCCUCUGAUCAGGUUGCACUGGAUAUUGAAUAUCAUCACAGUAUGUUACAAUCCCAUCAGAAGGUGAACCCGAAGGAAGUGAUUGUAGGAUGGUUUUCAACUGGCUUUGGUGUCACAGGCGGGAGCGCAUUGAUCCAUGAAUUCUAUUCCAGAGAAGUUCAAAACCCUGUUCACCUAACUGUUGAUACAGGAUUCCGGAAUGGAGAAGCUAGCAUAAAAGCUUUUGUCUCUGUUAGCUUGUCACUUGGAGAUCUCCAACUUGCCGCACAAUUUCAAGAAAUUCCUUUGGAUCUACGCAUGAUUGAAGCUGAGAGGGUUGGCUUUGACAUCCUUAAGACAACAAUGGUUGACAAACUACCAAAUGAUUUGGAAGGAAUGGAAGCAUCUAUGCAGCGGUUACUAGCUCUGAUUGAUGAUGUCUACAAAUAUGUUGAUGACGUUGUGGAAGGCCGUAUUCCGCCAGAUAAUAGCAUUGGGAGAUUCAUAUCAGAUACCGUAGCUUCCAUUCCCAAAAUAUCACCACCAGCUUUUGAUAAGCUCGUGAAUGAUAGUUUACAGGACCAGUUGCUGUUACUUUAUUUGUCAAGUAUCACAAGGACACAACUAAGCCUAGCAGAGAAGCUGAACACAGCUGCUCAAAUCCUGUAACUGGCCGGCUACAUUUCCUGUCUCUUACCAUUCCGAAGAUUUUUCCAGCCGAUACACUCUGCUUCCUUUUAAGUUAACUGGCGCUGUGAUGAUUGGCCUACUUGUGAAUUUGGGGCAUAAUCUGAUUCUGAGGAAAUAUUUGUAUUACCUUUUUAUGAUAUUCAGCAUUGGAUUGACGUUUGCUGAUUAACCAUCAAGAUUACAUGUAGAAGCAGUAAUAGUUUUGUUAUGAUCUCUGGUAUUUGAGGUAGAGGUUAAGUUCUGCGGACUUGUUCUGGUUUCUAAGAGGCCUUGAAACAAAUUAGAAAUGGCCAAAGUUAUAUAUGGAUGGAUGGAGGUUCAAAUUUUUUA